CUGUUUGGAACUAGACGGCGUUGGGUAUAUAUAAUGCGUUCAACAUUAUUAUGGCGACCGUGCUGUAAGAUAUAUUCAGAGUGAGGGGCUCGAAGGUCAAGCGGAAAUGAGGCAUAGGACGGUCAAUUCGACUUUGAGGGCUUGGAUCAGGGCAGGUGCCUUCUCGUUAUUGGUGAGGCUAUUGGUCUAUAUAUCACCAGCUGACCACCGCAACCACCUUUCUUGUAAGAAGCCAUUAUUCUGUAAUAAUCAAAGAGAAGUAGCAUCUGAAAGUGUACCAGUACCAAAAUUAACACCACGGCGACACUUCCCUGCCUGUAAAAGUGUAAAAAAUAAGGUGUGAGCCGGAUGAUCUGUGACCCACUUAUAGCUGGACAGCCAGUUGGGGAGCGAUUCCUUGGUGGGUUGGGUGGGUGACUAUGGAUGACUAGUUGUUCUUACUGAAAAAU